GCGUCAAAAAGUGAAAAGUGAGGAAAUCUGCGCGAGAAGAAAGGAAAGGAAAAUUCUUGUGUGAAAAUUUGUGGAUUUGAAAAAAAGUAUCAAUUAAAAUAAAACAUUGUUGCAUUGACGAAAACUUAAAUGCAAGAAGCUGGAAUUGCUGACAUCUUUUAGAGUAAAUGGGAGUCGAAGAAGUAAAAAUACCGACGAAGCAGUAUAGCAAGCAAAUAUACUCGGCUAAAGUAGCAAUUGUAGAUUCAGACCAGCAACUGCAAAUACAAAAGCAGAGACAACGGCAGCAGCAACGACCACAACAGCACCGAAAAAGACAACGUCGGAGCGACCGUUGUGGCUAAAUAGAAGAAGAGCCACAGGCAGCGGUAGCUCCACCGCAAUCGGCAGCGAGGUAGUGUAAUUGCAAAGUGCAACUAGGGCCUGCGUAAGAAGGUGGAGGAGAACAAAGGGGCGACUCAUAGUAAUUAUAAAGUGGAACAAUGUGUGACGUUUGCUCAGAUUUUCUGCAUUUGCUGGAGUCAUAUGAACUUCGAAUAACCAGUAACGAUGCAAAACAUUCAAUUCUCUUGAAGAGUGAAAUUGAAACAGCUUUUGGGUAUAUUCAAGCAUGGCCACAACGUCAGUGUAUGUGUCUGUAUCGGGACCCGAAAAAUUUCGAACGAUUCAAUCUUGUAGUUCAAUCUAUGAUAUGUUUGGCAGUGCACCACUUGAAGCAUAUUGAACGCUUGAUUGACGACUACAAGCGACUGACAGCAUGUAGUUUGGGGCAAACAACAACGGUUGCAGCUCAGCCGCAAUCGCAGCCAGGUGGACAAACAGCAGGUGCUGGCACCUCUGACAAAAAUACAAAAUCAACAUCUAAUAAGAAGGCUGAGAAAGAUUCAGACUUAUCAUUAGAAGACAAUGCGAACCAUAAUAUUCGAGAUGCCGAAAGUGGUACAGAAGAACUAAAGGAAUCUAAAAAGGUCGAGCGAGAUGUUAGCUCAUCUCCGCCUUGCUUAUCACCUUCAUCACGUAACGUAACAUCUCCAAUAAUUCCAUCAUCACCGCCACCACCUGCACCUUCAAUGCGACUACCGCAAUCGAAUACAAAUGCAUCAGUAACAGAUAUAGCCUCGAAUGCCGAAACAUCGAUUUCUUAUAAAUCUAAUAAAAACGCAUCGUCAUCAACAUCUUUAUCGCAAAUAACUGAAGAGCCAUGGAUCUUACCAGAAGUAGAAAAGCUCUUCAUAUUGGUAUCUAAAGUGUUUUUGCUAAAUUUUCCGUUAUACAUUGCAUACAAGCACGGUACGCAUGCGCGCCUUGAUGAUAUCUCCGCCGAAGAGGCGCAACAUUUAGCAAUAUUUUGUGACUUACACGACAAUGAAAUACCAGUAUAUUUGCUGCGCAAUAUAACAUUGUUUUGUAAUUCAGGCGGUUUCGCUGCAAUGAUGUUAUGUUUCGAGCAGCCAGAUCUACCAGUAACCACUGCACAGGCUAUUACUGCCACUGUUUCAAACAUAAAGCUGUGGCUUAAUUAUGGUUGCAUCGUGCAGUUGUUUGUGCCGCUGCGCAGUCGAGUUCUUCAGUACAUGUGCAAAUUGUCAGAUCAAAAUUUACGUUCAGCAGCAACACGUGCGAUGGCUGAUUUUGUAUGGUCAGCUGUUCGUGAUCCGCUGGAUGCUUCGGUCAGCUUUGAUGUCGAGGGUCUGGCACUAGCAUUCAAGUACUUUACAUCAACCACACUUACAAUGCGCUUAGCGGGUAUGGCGCAGAUAAACGCACAUAUUAACCUGUUCAACGAAAUCUGCACCACUGAAACUGUUGGGGAGGUGGAGAUAGUGGGUCAGAAAAUUGCGAACUGGCUCACUGAAAAUCAGAUUAUACAACAUCUCUUCGGGCCUAACCUACACGUUGAAGUAAUUAAACAAGCGCAUGUUGUUCUUAAUUUCCUUGCUGUGGAAAAUCAAAUUACUGAAGAGCAUAUUAAACUAAUAUGGCAAGCUACUCAACUUAAACAUUGCUCCAAGACUAUUUUUGAUAUAUUGCCGGCGUUGGUAAAAAAUCUGGCACCUCGUCCAGCUAUGCAUUUAUACUCGUUACUUUGCCAUAUGGACCCUAAAGAACAUACUGAGCAAAGCAUUUAUAUUGCGUCUGCACUUACAAAAUUAAUUUGGUCUCGCGAUAGUUCUCGUAAUCAGAUGAGCUUGAUGCAGGAUCAUCUGUUGGCAGCUCAUGUGACCGCUUCUAGCUCGGACAGUGGCAGUAUGGACGGCAGCAACUCAGAUGAUGAGCCCGGAAAUGGUGAUGAUAGUAGCCUAGCUAGUGGUACUCGCAAGAGUCCAAUUGAUAUAGAAAAUGUGGGAUCGGACACAGGAGCACCGCCACCUUGCAAACAGGCUCGUCAUAGGCGUCAUGUUUGCGAAGCCAAUUCUGAAGAAAAAGGAAGUCGUUCAAAUGCUGAGGAUUUAAAUUUGAUAAAUCAAAAGAUGGAUAUUAAAAUGCAAAAUCACCGUAUAGUGAAUAUAAUCGACAAUUCAAGUAGCGAGGAUGACUUGCGACAGUCCGAAUUGGACAUUCAAAUGCAUCUAAAAAAAUCGCGAAAACGUAGAAAAAAUAGCAAUCUGCCACUUACGCGUUUAGCACACGAAAUUGUUGAAGCUAUUUGGGACGGUGGUGAGGACGAUGAUGCCAGCAGCGACGAUGCGGAUGAUGCCGAUGAAGCUGAUGGCGAAGUUUUAAAUGACAGCGACGAUUGCAGUGAGAACGGGGGCCAAGUUGUACCUAGUGCCGUGCUAAAACAUCUUCGCGGAGAGGGCCCUUAUAUACGAGCUAUUGACGAAACGCACAUUAGUGAACUUCUAAAUGGUGCCGAAAUCGACGGGUAUUCGUCACCAAUGAGUAACAAAUCUGAAAAAAAUAUGGCAGACUUCGACGACGAAGAUGUCUCGCCAUGCGAAGAGGAGUUAAGCCAAUUGCAUGCAUUACGGGUCUCGCAUAAUUGUGUGCCGCCCGCCUUUGCGGCUGCUGCCAUGGCUGCUGCACAUUCGAGUAUUCAACAACACCAGCAACAACAAAAGUCAGUUGAGGCAGUAACGGCGGGUGUCGUAGCGGAUGUCGUAGCGGGUGUUAGUGAUACCGUAGCAAAUGCGGCCGCAGUAGCCGUCGCCGCAGCCACACGAGUAGAUGCAGACUUACAACAACAAGUGGCGAAUGCGAAUGCCGCUGCAAUUGCCGCCGCAUUAGCAGCAGUAAUGGUGCGACGCACUGGCGAUCCAGCUGAUGUUGAUAUGUUGGAAAAUAAUGCAAAAGUAAUAUCACCGCAAGCGCAGUUCGCAGGACGUGUAUUGCAAAGUGCUGUACAGCAACCGCAGCAAAGUGUGGGACAGUCAGUACCGUUGUCACCACAACAGACACCACCACAACCGCAACAGCCAAGUUUUAAGAUCAACGAUGUGUGCCAACCGGGUAACACUUUAUUAUGGGAUUUGUUGCAAGACGACAAAAUUUUUCAAUUGGGUGAAUCCUUGGCACUUGAGGCAGAAAAGGCAUUAGCUACUUUGCUUUGUUUUAGCAUGGACCGCCAGUUACGCACGAAAUUUAUAGAAGGUUGCCUACAAAAUCUGGCCAACAACCGCAGCGUGGUUGUGAGUCUGCGACUGUUGCCUAAGCUCUUCGCAUCGUUUCAGCACUUUCGACCAGCAGACACGCACCAUGUGACAAUGUGGGCUGAGAGGCAGCAUCGAAUGAUGUACCAUUUCUUUAACAAUAUAAGAUUUUAUGCUAAACGUUAUGCAGAGCUCCAAGGCAAAUUGGCUAGUGGGGGUGGCGAAACUCCUCCUGACGCUGUUAUGUACUCCCAUAAGACUCAAGUCUCGGUGCGCCUACACUUUUUGUCUUCCAUUUUUUCGACUUUGGGAUCACCAAAAACUUUUCGAUUAACAUUGGAACAAGUGGAUGCAUUGUGGGAGUGGCUAGCACAUGACAGCGAGUGCGCCGACUGUUAUUUUUCAUGGUUACAGAGUCAGGCUAAAGGCGGCGACCAACAUGCUUUGGGUAUAGAUGCAUUGCAACAUUUAUACUUGAAAAAGUUGCCAGAGUUGCGUCCUGAAGAAUUCUCUAUGGUGGCACUGGGUCUCUUUCAGCAAUUGUGCAGUCUAGCUCGCAUGGCUAUUGCCCAUUACGAGAAACAAACCGACUCAAUAUCAUCGACAUCAUCGAAUAUAGUAGGUAUGUAUCAUUUGUGGAAGAUCGCUCUGCGCGCGCACAACACAGAGGUCUCCUUGGCUGCCAUUCAAUAUAUCAAUAUGUACUACAUGGGGCAACAAUUGCGCUUGGAAAAGGAAUUUGUAUCGCAAUGUAUGGAUAAUUUGGUGCAAGCAACCAAUGCUUUGGAAAGCAACGAAGAUGAAAAUGCACUUAUGUGUGUGCAACGCGGCCUUAUGCUGCUGAAUACACAUUUGGAGACGUUUCGUCGACGCUAUGCAUUUCAUUUGCGUCGUUGGGCCAUUGAAGGCAAAGGCGUCUGUUCACAUAGUAACCUAAAGAACGAAGCCUCUGGACCGGCUAUACGUAUCGUCUUGCAACCGGCUGGCCUCUCCGAAAAGUCCGUCCUGCAUAUGCAUGCUUGUGAUUUAAUUGCUGAACUUAAAGCUGAAAUAUCUAAGUGGUGGGAAAAUCUACAAGGCAGCACUAGUAGUGGUGGUGUGUCGGCACCGGUUUUGGGUCUUUUGCUAAGUGACGGUCCGUUGCGCAUUAUAACGCAGGGUCAAGAAUUGACAUCGGACUAUGAUGAGCGUAGUUUGGGUGAUGCCGGGUUCAAAGAUAAUCAGAUUGUGUACGUGUCCUUGGGAGGUCGCGGCGCCAGACGCAAGGAGACGAAUCUCGAUCACCCAUCCAUGCAGCCGCCACCGCCGAAAGAAUGCCUACCAACAGUAUUAUUGCUGCAGUCGCGUUACUUCGAAAAGCUUUUUUGCUUAAUGCAGACAUUGGGCGAUAUGAAGCCCCAAAACUCAAAUUUGCAAUUGCAUACUAAAGCACAGUUGCUCUCUAGACGCGUAUGGGAUAUAUUGGCAAUAUUGCCUACUAAUCCACUGAUAUUGGAUGCCUUCAAAGGGCUUGGUAGUGAUCUGAAUGCUUUCGAACGUUUCAACAGUGAAGAAGAACAGGCUAACAAGCGCAAGGAGAUUAAACAGAAACUCAACGAGUUACUCGAUGCUACCAAUUUGCAAAAAUUUAUGUACUCUUUGCAUAUUGUCGAAAGUCUCACCUUGAACAGCGUGUUGCAACAAAAGGGAGGUGGCGGCGGCAAUGGUUCGACGUGUUGUGGGUUUAGAGGCGGUGGCGUUAACGGUAACGUGAUACCUAUGGAUCAAUAUGUGCGUAGUAGUAAAAAUGGUGGCAGUGCUAAGCGGAGCUCGAGCAGGCGGCGUAAUAGCAACGAAGGUUCGAAUGUAAAAGAUGAAAGCAAACGCAACAACAGUGGCAACAGCAGCGGUGGCAGCAGCAGUUGUAGUGGUAGUGGCAGUGUCAGUGGAGGUGGUAGCAGUGCAGGAACGGCAUUGGAAUCGCUUUCCCACAAGGAAAACUACGAUUCAGCUGUGCAAAAAGAAUUGGGAAGUACCAGCGCUGAAAGUGAGUUCAGCAAUGAAAUGGCUAGCGAAGAUGCGCCUAAUCAUGACAAAGAAAAUAAUCAACCAUUAGUGGGUCGACCACAUAAACGUUUCAAACGUAGCGAUAGCAAUGCCAAUUUGAACGAUGAGAAAGAGAGCAGAGAUGUUAUUAGCGCUGUGGACACCUGCAGCAGCGCUGCGGGCGGAGGCAGUGGCAAUAGUACUAGUGGUGGUGCUACUGUUACACCGGGUGGCAAUGCACGCGCAACAUUGGACAUGAAAUGGAGUGAAGUGUUUGUUCGUUGUGGUGGCUUGCGCUUACUCUAUGAAAUUUUCAUUUCGGGGCAACUACAGCAGAGCGCACAUCAUCGAGAAAUGCUCAACGAGUGGAGGCACGAUUGCUUGGCCAGCCUGCUGCGUGUGCUGUGGCUUUUAGGCUUCGAGGAAGUUCAAGCCGACGAUAUGCAUGUUGUGGUUUCACGGCCACACGCUUUUAUGCUAGAACUAAUGAACGUAGAUCCAUGUCUGCGCCGACUUGCAUCCAUACUUAAUGACGAAGCCUACCACAAUUAUGCCGCACUAAUUCCGACCACACAAUUUCAAUACCAAUAUCCAUAUCAAUAUCAUCAUUUGCGCACUGGCUUCUGGGGACGUGCCCAAGUUGUACAAUUCACAAUGAACAUAAUGGUGAGCUUCGUUCAUGCGUCGGCUGAGGCACGCCGACUACUUUGGACACAACCAGAGUAUUGCAAUUGGGUACAAAAAUUCAUUUUGGAGGACCCGGAGCCGGCAGUACGUCGUGAAAUAUGUGCUGGACUUUAUCGUAUUUGUUUGGGCAAUGCACAAAGUUACCAGGUACUGCUGGCACCUUUGCUGCGAAAGCUUAUUUCCUUCCUUCCACUAGCGGAAAAGAUGACGUCUUAUGUGCAACACACGCAGUAUUUGCUGUCGGAUGAAGGCAAGGAACCGUAUGGGCCAGCGUGUCGCGACUACUUUUGGCUUCUCGCACGUCUUGUGGACACCAUGACGCCGGACAUGGUGAAGUGCUCACUGGAAAAUGAAAGCGAAGGAGAUGCUAUCGAUAUUGAGCGACUUUGUCAAUCCGUUUCACAAAGCAUAUUGUCUCGAGAUUUUUUCGAAACCAGACACGGUUAUCAGGACGAUGGCCUGGUCGGACUCAUCAAUCUGAUGUCGAAUUUCGUCAAAUACGAUCCGACGUUUAAGUUCAGCAGUUCAGCAUUGCAGUUCAUCGACAAGAUUUUUGAAUUUCUUUUUGAUAUGCCAUCGCCAAUGAAUCGACACAAGCCGAAAUGUAAAUCCGCAACAUCACGAGCUGCUGCCUACGAUCUUUUGGUGGAGUUAUGUAAAAACUGUCCUAAGAAUUAUGUAUUUUUGCAUGCGAAACUGUUGGCACAGCACACGCCCGGUGCCAAAGCACCGUAUCCAUGGGAUUAUUGGCCACGCGAUGAGGGUCGCUCCGAAUGUGGCUAUGUAGGUUUAACGAAUUUAGGUGCCACUUGUUACAUGGCCUCCUGCAUUCAACACCUCUACAUGAUGCCACAAGCGCGCGCUGCUGUACUGAAUGUACCGCCGACGGGUGCACAAAAGCAUGGACCAACUUUGUUAGAGUUACAACGCAUGUUCGCCUACCUAUUGGAGUCUGAACGCAAGGCAUAUAAUCCGCGCUCUUUUUGCCGUGUUUAUCAAAUGGAUCAUCAACCACUAAAUACUGGCGAACAAAAGGAUAUGGCAGAAUUUUUCAUUGACCUCGUCUCCAAGCUGGAGGAGAUGACACCCGAGUUGAAAGAUCUUGUUAAGCGUCUGUUUUGCGGCACACUUAGCAACAAUGUGGUGUCGCUUGACUGUGGUCACGUUUCGCGUACAGCUGAGGAAUUCUACACAGUGCGUUGCCAGGUAGCCGAUAUGCGUAAUCUACAAGAAUCGCUUGACGAGGUAACUGUUAAAGAUACGCUUGAGGGCGACAACAUGUACACGUGCUCACAAUGCGGCAAAAAGGUGCGUGCGGAAAAACGUGCCUGCUUCAAGAAAUUACCACAAAUUUUAUGUUUUAAUACCAUGCGAUACACCUUCAAUAUGGUCACCAUGCUGAAGGAGAAAGUCAAUACACAUUUCUCAUUUCCCAUGCUCUUGAAUAUGACUGACUACGUGGAAAAGACGCUAAUGCCACAUCAAUAUAAGGAGGAACGUGAAAAACGCAGGCAAGAGUUAGAGAAGCAGAAUGCGGGCACUGAUAAUGCAAAUAAAGCCAUGGAGGAAGAUAUUGAGGAAUGUUUAGAAUAUGAACUAGUGGGUGUAACCGUGCACACUGGCACUGCAGAUGGCGGCCAUUACUAUAGUUUCAUUAAAGAGCGGAACAAAUCAGCUCUGCAACAUGAUCGCUGGUUUCUGUUCAACGAUGCUGAGGUGAAACCUUUUGACCCUUCACAAAUCGCAGCUGAGUGCUUUGGUGGUGAAAUGACAAGCAAAACUUACGACUCUGUGACCGAGAAAUAUAUGGAUUUUAGUUUCGAGAAAACCAAUUCUGCUUAUAUGUUAUUUUACGAACGUCGGCUGCCAGAGCACUUGAAACAGCGGCACUCGGAGUUGCUGGCAUCGCCUUCCUCUAGCACUCGCUCACCGGACAAUGGCAAAAUGAGUGCUACAAAUGAUGAGGUUGAAAUGGCGGUGAAGUCAAGCGCCGACAAAAAGGAUAUCGAAGGAGCAGAUGAAGAUAACAAGAGUGAUAUUGAAAGGCCUAGUAGUGAGCCCAAUAGCGAAAAGGAUCCGAAAGUUACAGAGACUGUUAGCAAAAAAUUGGAGGCGAGUGACUGCAGUGCUGGCGGCAAUGAGCCGCAAGCGUCCACUUCGGCGGCAGCUGCUGCAUCGGCUGCGAGUAAUAAAAUGGCAGUUGAAGCUGGCACCAAAUGUGUGCGUUUGCAGAUACCACAUCUAAAUAAGGAAUUGGAGGAUUGGAUUUGGCAGGAUAACAGACAGUUUUUGCAGGACCGCAAUAUAUUCGAGCACACCUAUUUCAACUUCAUGUGGCAAAUAUGUGGCCAUAUUCCACAAACUCUGUUGGCGCAAACUGAUGUCACUUGCAUGGCAGCAAAGUUGUCAGUUUCAUUCUUCAUUGAAACUUUCAUACAUGCCAAGGAAAAGCCAACAAUGGUGCCAUGGAUCGAGUUGUUAACGAAGCAAUUCAACGCUAGCCAAGAGGCAUGUGAAUGGUUCCUCACACAUAUGUCUAUCGAACCGUGGUGGCCAGUUCAAGUGCUAAUACAAUGCCCAAAUCAAAUGGUGCGCCAAAUGUUUCAGAGGCUUGUUAUACAUGUCAUUCAAAGGCUGAGAUCUUCACAUGCUCAUUUAUACUUGAAAACAGAAACAGAUGAUGAUGGCAAAGAAGUGAUGGGCAAUGCUUCAUGCGUAACACGUUUCAUUAGUUCCCUGAUAUUGCUAAUGGAACACGGUGCUAAGGCGCAUUUACGACAUUUGUCCGAAUUUUUUGGCUUACUCUUCGAAUUCUCACGAAUGGGUGAUGAAGAGACGGUAUUUUUGUUACGUAUCAAUGUAAUUAAGAGCGUUGCGGACUUUUACUUAGGCAAUAAAACACAGGAUUGUAUCGAUGUUGGUUCCGACAACGAUGAUAAUUCAUCGGAUGAGGCUUUAUCAGUGGACAAAACGCGCCCUGCAUCUUUGGACAAAAUGAUUGCGUUGGUGGCGAAUUUGGUGGAACGUUCGCGCGGACAAGAUUUCCGAUUGCGCCUUUCGACAAAGGAUUACAAUGCGAUAGCUGGUGGCAAGGGUUUUCCAUUCUUAUACCAACAAAUCAAGGAUAACAUUAAUCCGCAUCAGACUAAGCAUCUGAUACAUGCACUUUGUCGUUGGGAUGAUCGUUUGGCGAAUCAGAUUAUUACCAUGCUAUUCUCGUCCGUCACUAAGCACACGGAACUUUGUGGUCCUUUCUUCAAGCUGCUCACGUUACUUACCGAAACUCAAGGUGGUCCCUCCGGUUUGCCCUGUUUCUCCCAAUUGGUGUUGCAACGUGUUUGGGAUGCGGCAGAGUAUUGCCCUCAGUCUGCGCUUGAUUGGCUCGCUUUCCAAGCGCCCAAAAAUAAAAUUGCACAUGCGUGGAUCCUACAAUCGGCUGAUAAUUGGGUGGAACAAUAUUUGCUGGCGCACAACAAUUCACGUGUGCGCAAUGCUGCUGCUUAUUUGCUUGUAUCGUUGGUGCCAUCACAACCCUUCAGGGCGAACUUCCGCACACAUUCACUACAUAAAUUAUCGGCGCAUGUUUAUCGUGAUUUGAAUAGCGACGCUCAAAUUGUCUUACACAACAUAGUCAAUCUAUUAUUACGGCUUCUCCGCCCGGCUCGUGCUUAUGCAGACAUCGGAAUACAUGGCACUACUAAGCUUACAACUUAUUUUAGCUUACUUAGCUACUGCAUGGUUUCAAAGACUGAAAAACUAAUGAUUGGACCGUAUAUGAGAGCUUUAUGGGAUCUAUUCCAUCCACGUUUGUCGGAGCCCAGCGUACCAGCGCAUCACAAUAAACACGCGCUACUCGCAUUUUGGCACCACUCCAUUGUCGAUUGUCCCGAGAAUGCGCUAAUUGUGGCAAAUUGUCAUGAAAUAACACGGAAUAUUGCAUUUAAUUACAUUCUUGCCGACCAUGAUGAUUCCGAGAUAGUCGCCUAUAAUCGCUCCAUGCUGCCGGCUUACUACGGUCUAUUGCGUUUGUGUUGCGAACAGAGUCGAGCACUCACUCGGCAACUUGCGGCACAUCAGAAUUUGCAAUGGGCUUUCAAGAAUAUAACACCACAUCCGACACAAUAUGCAGCUGCAGUCGAUGAGCUGUUCAAGCUCAUGACUUUGUUUGCCGCAAGACAUCCGGACGCAAGCGAACAGGAACAACACGAAGUGACUACAUUCCGACGCACAACACUUUCGGCGUACUUGACUGGACUAGACGCGCGGGUUUCUUGGGGCACCCUCAUAAAUGCACUGCGAAUUUUGGUUGAUAACGAUGAAGAUCGACUUCUCGUCAUCUACAAUGGCGGCAUCGAGAUGUGUUUCGAGGCGUUGCACACGUUACAUUCCAUGCAUCACGAAGCAACGGCUUGUCACGUUUCUGGCGAUUUGCAGGAGCUACUUAGCGAGUUGGUAUUGCUAUUGAAAACGUUACGCGUGAGUACGCGCCUGGACGCCCCAUCGGUUGCAGCUAGCGUUAGCAAAAAGCAACUGCAACACCAGCAGCAACAACAACAACGACUGCCUGACGCUGUCAAGCGAUUGGCUACUUUCCUCAACACAUUCAAUCCACCAGAAAUUUGUCGUCGAUCGUUAGACGUGCUUAAAGAGUUGGUGCGCAAUCCCAGUUUGGAUGUAACUAGUAUACUGGCGCCCAUACUCAUCAAUUGCCAUCUAUCGGUGGCAAAUGCGCCGAGUAAUAUCGGCCCAUUGGGACCAUAUUUUCCACGACGUGGCACUAAAGCGCCAUGGCCAACUAUGUCCAAAAAUACGCCGCGUCCACCGCGCCCUAUGGUGCAAAUGAGUAUACCACAUGGUGAGAUAUUGCAAAAAGGUGUCGACAUAGAGUAUGAUGCACAGGUUGAGGCUUUCUAUCGACCUUACCACGACUUCUUGGAUGUGAUGAUGCGUAUGGCGGUGAAUACAAAUCAAUUAAAUGAUACGUUGGUGAAGUUAAGUUGCUUGGUGGCGAUCGAGGCGGCUCCUUUGCAUUUCAGUUUGUUCCCCAAAUUUUGGGUGGGCAUUUACAACAACAAAAGCACAAAUAAAUACGCUGAGUUGCUGAUCAACAAUCAGUACCUGGUGGAAUACAUACACAUAAUAUUAAGGGACGAAAGAGUCUCGCUCAGUGAUCAUUACAUAAGAAACUUCUUAGAAAUCUAUUAUCCCAAGAUAUCCGCCCAGUUGCCCAUUGCACGCCUUCUAUACACAAUCAGUUAUUCCAUGCACUCGAAGGAGGAUCUAGACGAUCUUUGCGGCGAUUUGUUUGCCAUACGCGUGAUAGCACAAUGCACAGGUAUACCGGCUUCCGUCCGCAAACAGUUAAGAGGGUCGCUGAAGGCUUUGCUUUAUAAGAGUUCUCGCUAUCAAGAAGUAGCUGAAUUGGAAAUUACUCAAAACACGAAAGUGGACAAAGUAACUGAUUCGCCUAAUGCUGAGAAGACACCUGCAAUAAUGGAUGAUGAUGAUUCAAAAGAUCCACCAGCGGAGGUCAAACCGGAAGGUUCGUCUCACUCUAAGUUGAUCGACAUGAAAGAAGCUGCUGAAGAGGUACCAAUGGAAGUCGACGCCGAGACUGAUGCGAAAAAAGAUGCCAAGGAUGCCAACAAAGGAGUAGAGGCUAUGGAAACUGAUAAAUCUCCGUCUAAUGGCAAGAGUGGCAGUAGUGAUAGUAGUGAGAAUGCAAAUAGCGAUGCUAAGUUGGGAACUGACCAAGAAAACACUGCCAAAGCAAUGAAUGCAAGAAGUGAUAUGGGUGAGCAAAAGGAGAGUGGAAAGAAAAAUGACGAGGAGCCUAAAGAAAUGCUGACUAAAACGCCAACAACAACACCAACACCAAUAAAAAUGUUGAGUAAGGACGGCGAGGAGAACGUAGCGGAUGACAGCCACGGCAGUAAUACUACUGCUGUGGCGUCCGCUGCUGCCACAAUACUUGUGGAGCAAUGCAAGAGCAUACAAAAGAAACCUGCUGAGGUGCGUUUGUUCGAGGAGCACGAAAAACGUAUCAAACUCUUGCUGACUAUGGAGACUUACAUCAAGAGUAUACUCGUGCUGAUGCAACGCGACGAAAGUAGCACAUCGCCAACGUCCGCAGCAGCGAGCGGUGGUGGCGGCAGUGGCGGCGGCGAAGACGGCGAAACUAGUACAGAUGUACCCGAAGUAAUGUGCAAAAAAGGCACAAAUGUAUCAGCCAUUGCAACAACUUCGGCCUCACCACCCGGCUCAACUUCUGGCGCGUCAACUGCCAAAAAAGAGGCAAAGCCAUUGCAUUGCAUUGAGAGGAGUGACGCGAAGGAAGAUACAAGUGAUAGUCGCAGCUCUCCAAUUAAGGCCCAAUCCAGCACGGUAGCAACUAAGGAUAAUAACAAUUCGGCAGCAAAUCCAAAUCCGAUAACCGGUACCCAACCAACGACAACAACGACACCAACACCCUCGAUAUCGGCUGCCACUGCCGCGGCGCUACAUUCUCAACAGAUUUAGUUAUCGUUUAAUGAUUUGCUAAAUAUUUUGUUUUUCGGUAAAAUGCUGGAAUAGUGCCGCCACUAAGUUGAAAGUUGAGUGCGAACCAAAUGAAGGCUUGCGCGCUAGCUGAAACGUCGGACAAAUUUUGUCAAUACAUAAUUACUGUUAUAAUACCUAAAUAUUUUAUUUUUACACACAAUUUGAAAAUCGAAAGUUCGUUUCUUUCGUUAGAACUAUUAAUUUAAAUGAACUUCUUUCCGUAAUAAAGCGUUGACUAACCUGCUUAAAUAUUUAUAUGAAGAAACAAAUCGAAGUACGCUUGAAUUAUGUAAAACGAAAUAAUAUAAAAACCUUUGCCGCACCUGUUUA